UCGGAAUUGUCUUCACCAUCAGUAGCAAAUCAGCAACAGUCACUCAGUCAGGCCUAAGUGUGCAAUCCAGUGCAUAUUUUCUCAGAAGUUAAAUCCAGUAGGAUUGACUCCCCUGAAAUUUUAAUCUAUGCAGGGCUGCAGCCUAAAAGGAACGGAGGGCACGCGCGCAAAGCACAUGACGGCGUUCCAGUUGAGAUAGAUGGUUCUAGCAGUCCGGCAGCACACAAAAGGCCUUCGGUGGGCCAGAUGCUCGGUGGCACAGACCACCACCUGCGAAGGAGCAGGGAACAGAAGAGAGGAAUCGCGAAAGCGAAUAAAUACUCCGAGCCUUCGUUUUAUUUUACAAUCAUAAUUUCCGGAGCAAACCUCAUCGCUUUGCUAAGAAUGUUUUGGGCUUUUUUUUUUUCUUUUAGAACAAACGGUGCUCAGUUGAGAUGAGGAAAUAGUGAGUGGGCUAGAUGCAAUUUACAUCUCAUACGUACACUGGAGGAGGAGUCAGGGAGCGAGGAGCUCGAUUUUACACCGCUAAAGCUGAAGGUCGUUCUUGGCAGCAUCUCCCCUUUGAUUGUGGACUCGUGCUUCGCCACGCCGGCUCAGAAAGACACUUCCCUUUGCGGGCUUUAUUCUUAUGAUUUAUUGUUUUGUUCCUUUCCCUCCGAACUAAGCGACACAAAUCCGAAAAGGCGCGCUUUCCUGCAAACGGAUCUGCCAGGGAAAGAGACACGAGACCCCCAGAUCCUCUAACAAAGGACGCAGGCAACAAAACGCUGAAGGCGGGGCAGCGAAGACACCUUGGACGGGGAUUUCUUUCUCGUGGAGACCAGGAGGGAAGAGGACCCUGUCUGCUUAACAGGACAAGAAAAAUAUCCUAAUAAAAUACAUCGUGGCCAGGGAAAGAACGAAUUGAGAUUGGGACCCAAACCACAUCUCUGUAGGGUAGUCCUAAUAUCCUAAAAGCAGCAGGACAGCAGCUCUACAAUAAGUGGCUGGUCUCAUUCUUUGGCUACCACUGAUCUCCAAAGACCAAGCAAACUUCAGGAUAAGUCUGUAAUUCAAGAUGCCUUUCAAAGCAAGAGUAGAAUUAACUGUUGAGUUGCAGAAUAUGACAGUCCCUGAGGAUGACAACAUCAGCAAUGAUUCCAAUGAGGUAGAAAAUGGACAGAUGAAUAGCAAGUUUAUUUCAGACCGUGAGAGCAGAAGAAGUCUAACCAACAGCCAUUUGGAAAAGAAGAAAUGUGAUGAAUAUAUUCAAGGCACAACAUCAUUAGGAAUGUCUGUCUUCAACCUCAGCAAUGCCAUCAUGGGCAGUGGAAUAUUAGGCCUUGCCUUUGCAUUGGCCAACACAGGAAUUGUGCUUUUUUUGUUGCUUUUGAUUUCAGUGACGCUGCUGUCUAUUUAUUCAAUAAAUCUUCUGUUAAUAUGUGCAAAGGAAACAGGCUGCAUGGUUUAUGAAAAACUUGGUGAGCAAGUCUUUGGCACCCCAGGAAAGGUGAUUGUUUUUGGAUCUACAUCUCUUCAGAAUACUGGAGCAAUGCUGAGCUAUCUCUUCAUAGUUAAAAAUGAACUACCCGCUGCCAUAAAGUUUCUUAUGGGAGAAGACGAAACAUUUUCAGCCUGGUACGUGGAUGGGCGACUUCUGGUUGUAACUGUGACAUUCUGUAUAAUCCUUCCUUUGUGUCUUCUUAAGAACUUAGGAUAUCUUGGAUACACAAGUGGCUUUUCCCUGACUUGUAUGGUGUUCUUUCUCAUAGUGGUUGUCUACAAGAAAUUUCAACUACCCUGUCCUCUUCUGCAAGAUAAAAUUUCAAAUGGAACAGCUUCUUCGAACUAUUCCAACAGUGUUGCUGCUGCUGAUGAAAUGUGCCAGCCAAAGUAUGUUACUUUUAAUUCCAAGACCGUAUAUGCUCUGCCCACCAUCGCUUUUGCAUUUGUGUGCCACCCAUCCGUCCUUCCAAUCUACAGUGAGCUGAAAGAUCGUUCGCAGAAAAGAAUGCAGAUGGUUUCCAAUAUCUCUUUCUUUGCUAUGUUUGCCAUGUACUUCUUGACAGCUAUUUUUGGAUAUUUGACAUUUUAUGAAAAUGUGCAGUCGGAUCUGCUUCACAAGUACCAGAGUAAAGAUGACAUCCUCGUCUUAACAGUUCGCGUGGCCGUCAUUGUUGCAGUCAUACUCACGGUCCCUGUCUUGUUUUUCACUGUGCGCUCAUCUUUAUUUGAGCUGGCUAGAAAAACCAAAUUUCAGUUAUGCCGACAUGUUGUGGUUACUUUGGUCCUUUUGGUGUUUAUCAACCUGUUAGUUAUUUUCAUACCUUCCAUGAAGGAUAUUUUUGGAGUUGUAGGGGUAACUUCUGCCAAUAUGCUGAUAUUUAUUCUUCCAUCAUCUCUGUAUUUAAAAAUCACACACCAAGAUGGAUCAAAACUGGUUCAGAGGAUUUGGGCUGCUCUCUUUUUUGCACUAGGUGUAUUGUUUUCUCUGGUGAGCAUUCCUCUAGUCAUCUAUGACUGGGUAUAUACAGAAAGAAGACAGUGACUAAAGCCCCUGAGGUUAUUGAGACAUCGAGAAGAAUGCAUUUCCAUUUUGCUGCUCACCAAAAUCACCACGACCCCAUUCUGUCAAUUGUCCCAUUCUUUGUGAGUUUCCUACAUUACAUUCAAAUAACAAAAUAUCUGUAGAAUGUAUUUUCCUGCAGAAGAAAGUCAUUUUACUUUUUAAAAAGAUGCUACAUUUCCAUGUUCCCCAAAGCUAGUGAAUCAGUAUUAAAUUUAUAAUGUUGGUCUGGACAGUUUUCCAUUCUUAAAGAUUUGUUCAUUGGCCAUAGGUAUUUUGUAUGUGUCAGUCAACAAUGGAUUCUCUUUACUCAAGUUAUAUACUAGCAAGUGAAUACACCAUUGUGUUCUCAUCUAAGAUCAGUUUGCCAGCCUUGAUCAAAAUUGGCUCUCCCUCCUUGGAGAUAAUUUUGCAUAUGCCUGGCUGUGCUGGUGCAUCAGUGAAUCUGUGAGAUCUUUGAUUUCUGUCAGCAGAAUUUGUACACAAAGCCUUACUAGCUCACCUUUGUAGGAUUUGUCUUGGUACAUUUGGUUUGAUUUAUAAUCUUAGUUCUGUGCAUGUGUUUUUGUUUUGUUUUGCUUGAAUAAAUGGGCUAUGUUAAAAUAGAUGCCCCUUGGGGAUGUGAAGGCAUUGACAGGAUAGAUUGUUGCCAGUUUCAGAACUGUCACCCUUCAGACUGGAGCUGCAGUGCUGAUGACCCCUUAAUAAGCACUCAGUUUGGGGAACUGCAGGAAUACAUGGGAAAAGAAGAAACAAUUGGCUUAGUCAUUGGCCCAGCAGCUAAAAAAUAGUAUCCCAGUCUGAAUCACACAUAGUUAUGAAACUGAACGAGCACAGCAGCAAAACAGGUGCUUGCCUCAACUAAAAAAAAACCCCAAAACCCUCCCAACCCAGUUGGACAAGAACCUUUGAAAAUUAGCCUCAGACCAGGGCCCCAAUCACACUGAAACGAAGUAUUUAAAGCAACAAUGAACCUUCCUUUACAGAGAGUAGAUCUUGUUCCCACAGGAAGGUGCAACUUCUGAAAGAGGCGUUCAGAAGAAUUACAGAUGAACCAUAUAAAAGCCACUGCAGACAGGCAUCUUAAAUGCCAUUCCCUUGAUUCUGUCUUCAGAAUUUAUGGCAAUUUUUAAUGUGUGCAAUUGUUACCCAGUGAGAGAGAGAGAGAGAGAGAGAGAGAGAGAGAGAGAGAGAGAAAAUGUGUGUGUGAGAGAGAGAGAGCUGCAGCACUCAGUCAGUGGGCUAUAGUGCCCAGGAUUCGAAAGCUCACUGCUCUGUACCUCCCUGUGAACAGAAGCAGGGAGAGGACAAGAGAAGAGAGACCUCUCAACCUAAUGUGGCAAAAGCGAAAUAUGCUCAGUAAUUCAGACAGUCUUGUAACCACAUGCAGUUUAUAUGCUUACAGCACAGCCUCAUGCUGUGUGAGGUAGCCCCCCCCUUGCACUGACUCACAAUAGUGCUUGUUUGAAGAGACAAAUGCUGUACUUGUGGUUUGUGUACAGGGGUGGGGCUAGGCCAUACAGGAAGUGAGACCAAUAGACCUUGUAACUUAAGUGCAGAGAGAAGAGCAAGUUUGGUGAGUGUCCCCUAUUAAAAGAGGGUUGGAAACAGAUAAGACACUGAUUACUAUGCGGUCAUAUUCAUGGAGUGAUAAGUUAAAAGGUCAGUAUCCUUAUCAGUUAUAGGGAGAAUGUUACAGCACAUCAUAUGGAGGUGUGUGGUAAAAGACGCAUGUAAUAUACUGGUGCAGCCUUUGAAAGUGGUCUGGAAAUGUCAGCUAGCACAGAGGGCUGCUGUCUGAAUACUGACAAGCGACUAGACCAUAGGAGGGUGUGUAAAUGCUUUACAUGCAAAAGGUCCCAAGUUCAAUCCCAGGCAUCUGUAGGUAAGGCUGGGAAAUACCCUUGUCUGAAAAUCUGCUGAGUUACUGCCAGAGCGUAUAGACUAAGGUUCCCCACCUUGGGUCUCCAGAUGUUGUUGGACUACACCUCCCAUCAUCUCCAGCCACAAUGACUAAAAGCCACUGUUGUAGUCCAGCAACGUCUGGGGACCCCAAGUUGGGAACCUCUGUUGUAAACAAUACUGAGCUAAAUAGACCAGUGGGCUGACACAGUAUAAGACCGCAAUCUUGCGACAUUUACACUGGUUACUAGUUUGUUUCCGAGCUCAGUUUAUAGUGCUGUAAAGCCCUAAAUGUUCUGGGUCCUGACUAUCUCAGGGAGUAUUUUCUCCCUUGUGUUCCCUUGAGCAUUAAAAUCUACAGAUGAAAACUUGCUCCAGCUUCUAUCUAUUCUGGUUGUUGGUUAUCUUAUUCUACAGGAGCAUGGUAGCCACAGAACUCUGAAAUGCCCUGCCCCAGAAGUUAUUUUUUUAGAGGCUGGUGGGGAUGUUUUUAUUUUGCCAGGCUUUUGCUGGGGGCUAGGCAUUUUCAGACGAGUGUUGUGCUGCUGCAGCUUUAUUUAAGUCGAUUCCUAGUUUAUUAUGUCAUGGUAUGGGGUCAUGGUAUGUGUGUGUUGUGUAUUUUAGGUUUGGGGGUUUGUUUGUUUGUUUGUUUGUUUGUUUGUUUGUUUACAUAUUUUAAAGAGAUUUUAACUUCUGAUGUUAGUUUUAAUCUGUUUUGUAAAUCAUGUUAGAAACAUUUGAAUCUGAAAAGUGGCUUUAAAAACCCAGUAAACACAUUCUAAGUAUGAAGGGAGUUUAGCAUACAACAAAUUCCACCUACCAAGAAACCAGCUAAGAUACAGAGUAUUUCAGAACAGGUUGUGAAAAUCUAUCUCUACCCCAGCCAAGAGCAUCUAAUUACUGUAUAUACCCAAACUGAAAAUGGCCCUGAAUUUAAAGCUACCCCCUUAAAACAUAGAGGUUAAAUACAGGAUAUACUUGCAUUUACUUGAAAGGAGCAGGACUCUGAAUUUAAGAUGACCUCCUGAUUUCUGAUAUCAAAAAACUUGGAAAAACCCUAGUCUUGGAUUCAGGUAAAUACAGUAAAACUGCUCUCCAUCUCAGUGCCAUACAGGAAGAUGUAUUUCAAAUAGUAUCGAGAACAACUGUAUGAACUUAUAGACUACGCAUAUAGAGAGCUUUGUUCCCCAGUAAGUAUUCAGACAGCAAAGAUUUGUUCUGGAACAAAUGAAAAGGAAGUUAUAGCUGACAAAGUCUGCAGUCCGAAGGAUUGCAUGGUUAGUAGGGCUUUUGAGGCCCCUACUUCAUUUAAUAAACUGUUCCCAAAAUAUAAAAAAUGAGCCUCCAACACAGUAGAAGUUGUGGUCCAUUUUAAAAAAGAGAGAAAGCAGGGCAUACUGGGUCAUGUGUGGACAACCUGCAUAUAUUCUCUCUGCAUUGUAGCCCGUUAUUUCAGUGCCUGCUAUCAAGUGUAGAAGCCAAUACUUGAUUUUUUUCUUUUUAAAAUAAAAAAUAAAAAUCUUCCUUGGCCUGGUUUAUAAUGAGGAUAUCUGAACCACAAGUAUCCUCCGUUUGAAUCGACCAGUGUUUGUUUUAUCUAGUUCAGGCGCUGGAAUUAUUAUCCUACUGAUAUUCAGCCACCUGUAUAUUUUAAAACCAAAAUUCUAAUUCUUAACUUGUACAUAUUUAACUGGUACUGUUUCAUAACUGCUUUUGUAAAUAUUUUGCCUGUUUUUUUAGUAUGUGUAGAACUUUAAAAUGUCAUUAUUUAUCACUUCUGUAGCCCUUUUUAAGUGUGCAAAGUGCAUUGUCUUGUUUAUCUUCUCAACAACAUUGUCCCAUUUUGCAGAUAGAGAACCAAGAUCAAAAGAGAGGGAGAAUGGUUCAUGGCUGAGCAAGAAUUUAAACUUUAGUGUCUAGUCCAAGUCCAGCCAUCUUUCCAUUAGACUUUGUGUAUAAUACAAAAAGCUAAUUGUGGCUGGAUUUGAACCAAUGUAUAAAGUGCUGUAAUGUAUUGUCAUAAAAACAAAGAAAAGGUCCUAAAGCAAUACAGCCCAGUGAUUCCCAUAUAUUAUCUUGGGAUUCUGGUAUGGUUGCAGGUACUGUAAAUUAUUAUUAAGACUAUGUACAUACUAAAACACACACACACACAUUAUCAAAGCAGUUUAAAUAGAAAAAAGAACAGGAAGAUGGUUCCCAUUCCCAAAAGGACUCACAAUUGAAAAAGAAACAUAAGCAACAUACCAUCUACAGCCACUGGAAGGACUGUAAAGUAAGUAAAGUUGUGCCUUUGAGUCGGUGUCGACUCCUGGCAACCUCAGAGCCCUGUGAUUGUCUUUGGUAGAAUACAGGAGCGCUUUACCAUUGCCAUCUCCCUCACAGUAUGAGAUGAUGCCUUUCAGCAUCUUCCUAUAUCGCUACUGCCUAAUAUAGGUGUGCAAGCAGGAAUUUGGACCGAAAAUAAUAUCUUGUUCCCUAGGCAAGUUACUUCCCCGCUGUGCUGGGGUUGAAUAGGGAUAGUUGCUGUCCCCUUACUAAAAAGAAGCGAGUUGUCACUUUAAAAGGUGCCUCAGUGAGUAGUUAUCAGAGCUUAUUAAGCUGUUAGCAACGUGAGGGGUGAUAGCACACAAAGUACCAUAAAGGGGGAACCCUGAUGUCACACAAUGGAACUGACAGGAAAGCUGUCAAAAGUUGAAUGAUAGUUGGUUUCCCUUAGUCGAGGAAUCACUAAUUUUUGCAAUGCAACACCACACUACUAGGCAAAUCCACUACCCUACAAUUAAUGAACUCCAUUUCAGAUGGAAAAUCUAAUGAAUGUGUUUUGGAAUUUUAAUCAGAAUUAUUUCAAAGAAAGUAAAAUUCUGGCAGCCUAUACCAGGCGCAGUCUACACUUUCCCUGCCUUUCCUUUUGAUAUUGCCCAGGAGCUUACAUUCUUGCUAUCUUAGAUGGCCUUAAAAGGGAGUUGGACAGAUUACUGGAGAAUAGAUCAGACCUAACCACGGCUGCUAACCAUUAUGGCUAAAUGGAGUCUACAUGUUAAGAGGAAGUAUAGCCAUGAGUGCCAGUUCCUGAAGGGCAAAUACCAAGGGAGAACUAUUGUCUUUGUGCCUAAUUCUGGACUUCCCAGAAUCACCUGGUAGGCCACUGUGGGAACAGGAUCCUGGUCUAGUUAGACCUGUGGUCUGUUCCAGCCAGUCUCCUAUGUACUAGGGGCUGUUCCAGCUAUUAACUUAUAGCACAAUAAACGUGUGAUCACUGCAGAAAUCUAAAUGUAUUUUUCCCCACCUAGCAUGUCUGUUGCAGGAAAAUCACAUUUUGCCUGCAUUCAAAUCACAAUUUUUUGUCCUGGGUGUGGCAAAACAGGGAGGGAAAAAGCAAAGCUAAUCCUCAUCUAUUUGAUAUAUUGCACUAUUGCUGGAAAACCAAAUACAAUCUGGAUAAAAUGAAAACAAGAAUGUUUCAUUUUUCUUUACUUGGUCCCAGUCCCACAAUCAUGUUUCUGAUGUAGUUCAGACAAAAGCCCUAUUCACAUGUUAAGUUUUAACAUACAUACAAUCUGUGUGCAGUGCACACAUUCAGACAUUAGCCCUCUUCAGAUACUGAAAAAGGGGGGUGUUGUAUGUGAAUACAGCAUCGUGAAAGCACACCUAAAGCCUGCCCCACAAUGAUGUUCUCCAAAGCCCCACCCACCCACUACCCAUAUUUAACAGUAAAUGGAAUGCCCCAGCCUUCUAAUCACAGAAUGAAUCUGUUCAUGUUUACAGUGUUUGUCUCUUCAGACCAACACUACAAGCAUGGACAGCAUAGAGGUGAUGCUUCCAAGUGUGUCAGCACCAGGACCAGGCUUGCGGUGCACUCUUGGGAUGCUGAAUGCAAGUACAGUGUUCCCUCCCACAUUGAUGUUCAAAGCAGGCUAAUCUCUUCAUUGCAUGUACAGUAGUACACUUCUUAUCUGUGCCUAGCAUUCGAGGGGGCCUGUACCCAAGUUCACUUUUAAGAGGGACACAACGGGCUCAUGAAUACAGGCAACUGUAUGGGAAACCUCAUUAUCUGUGUAUUCAUUAUCUGCGAGUUCAUGGAUCUGUGGCCGGUAAAAGACACCCAACCUCAGCAUAUGUGGGCGGGGGGGGGACACAUCGCCCCCAGGUACCCACAAGUCGGAGGUGCCCAGAAAUGACUGUGGAGGUUAUUUCUGGCUUCCAUUUUUUCCCUUGGAGCCACAAAAUGGCUCCCAUUUUUAAAAACAACAACAAAAAAGCCUGGUGAUUUUCAGUCAGUUUUCAGGAAUUCCAGGGGAACAGCAUAAUGCAGGGGAGCAGCAAAGCAUGGUAAGGAGUCCCCCCUGCAGCCCCCACAAAAUAUAUAUAGAGAGAGGCAAAAAAUAGACAUUUGUAUGCAUUUUCCCAGCAAUCAGGAACCUAACCCCCAAUUCCCUAUUGAAACAAUGCCUCAAUAUUCAUGGUUUCCAUAUUUGCGGUACAACCACAGAACAUAACCUCCACAAAUAUCAAGAUUCUCCUGUACAACAUAAUAUCUGAAUAGGGCUGAAAUCUCAGUAGAAUGUAUUGGCUUCAAUGGCUUUUCAGAAGCCUCUCAGAUUUUCUCUGACUAGGGAUAUAUCCUCUAUCCUCAUCCAGACCUAUAGCAUCUGAGAGCACUUGGCAUCAGGAAAGUAUUUCCUUUUGGGAUUUUCUAACUGAAUGUGUCCAUUGUUCGUGAAUGUGAGGCCUUCUAUUGUCAAAUGUGAAGAUAACAUUGAAUGACUUGAUUAUGUACAGGGCUGGUGGGACCUUGAUACUCACGUGCUGUACACAUCUCUUUCUUUCUUUCUUUCUUUCUUUCUUUCUUUCUUUCUUUCUUUCUUUCUUAAGGAAUCUAUGCAGUUGUGUUGUAUUGUAGGACAUGAUUCAUUUGCAUAUGUGUAUAUAUAUAUACUGUAAAUAAAUAGGAUGCUAUCUAUUUUUGCAGCUGUGUACUCCAUAAAAUGAAAGUAUUGAAGUAGUCCAUCCAUAUGAAUUUAAAAAGUGUUUGUAGCCAAAUAAUUCAGCUAAAUUUGUCCUUUCUUGCUUCCAUUCUGUCUUAUCUUGUAACAAAGUUGCCUAAAACAAAUUGUAAGCUUACAUAAUUGCAUUGUUUACUGUAGCACAAUUUCAAGAGCACAACCUAAUUAACUGCCAGAGUUGACUGUUUACUGCAGUAUAGUUCUCUCUGUUACAUGGAUUAUUUUUUAAAGCGAGAUGGAAUCCUUCUGUGCCCACUCAUGUUCCGUGCUGUGAUCCAGAGUGUUAUGUGUGCCCAGAUGUACCCAUGAGCCAGAGGCAGCCACAGAGUGGGGGGUGGCCCUGGAGGUGGGGCAGCGAGAGGUACUUUUUUAAAAGCAACACCAUGCUGACCAUGCAAAUGGGUACCAUGCAUGCGCAGUGACCAGAUGAGUGCCAUAGGCAGGACAGCCUCCGCACAGGGUGCUGGGCAGUGUGCCGCUGCUUGAAGGGACUGCCAGGUAUGAGUGGUAGCAAAGGGUUUAAAGGUACAUCUCAUCAUUGUUGCCCCCCACCCCCCGGCACCAUCCUCAUCGGCCCCUUCUGCCAUGAGCAAUGAAAAUGACUUACACUGAGUCAGACCCUUGGCUUAUCUAGCCCAGUACUCUCUAUUUUUACUGGCAGAAGUUCUGCCUGUCCCAGGCAGUCCUUGUCUUCCCCACUUAUUUGAGAUUUUUAACUGAAGAUGAAGCUUGAACCUGAAACCUUGUGCAUGUGCUCCACCAGUGGACUGUGGGCUCUUCCCACCUAGAAAACCUCCACUGAAUGCUGCAGCAGGCAGUGAGAGGUGCAUCUUGGGUCCACAGCAGAUCUCCAAAUCAAGAUUGUAACGUGUAAUCUUUGAAGCCCCACUGCUGCCCAGCUCCACUUCGAAGAGGCAUCCUCAGGAACACUCAGAGCUGAGCAGACACUGGGAGCCAGAGAGUCAGACAGGAGCCAAGAACAUACCAUGGAUCAGAAUCAAGUAGUUGCCGGGAACACACGGAAGAGCAGAGCCAAGUAGUCAACAGGAGUCAGAGGGUCAGACAGAUGCCCGAAAUCAGGAGCAUGCCAAGAGUCAGAGCCAAGCAGUGGCCAGGGGUCAGAGGAUCAGUCAGGAGUCAGGCACACACUGAAGGUCAGAGCCAAGUGAUCACCAGGAGUCAGAGGGUCAGACAAGCCUGCAGUUGCGAAGAGGACACCAAGCAGACCAGCAGCAACAAAACACCACACCAGCACAAAAGGACCCUAAUACUGAGACAAAGCCUGUCUCAGUCAGGAAGCUUUAUAUAGUUCCUCCUACAGGAAGAGGCCAGUGAGUGGUUUUCUAGAGUGGGGCUUGCUCAGGGUUACAGGAGCCUAUGAUUCUGCCUGCAGUGUUAGCAGCUACCACAAGAGGCAAUGAAGUGCAGGACUGCAAAGCAGCCAGGGCAUGAAAACAGCAUUGCCUCUGGGAUGCAUCUAGAUGACACAUGAGGGUUUAGGGAUUGGGUGGAAAAACAGAAAUGAAUUGAACUGCUCCUUUCUCCAUAUUUUGCCAUUUGUGUCCAACAGGGGAACCCCAAAACUAGAAAACGGGGAUUUUUUGCAUCAAAUUCUUAAGAUUAUGUGAUGUUGAACAGAAUAGAAGGGGGGAUAUAACCUUACUACCGAGCAGAGGAUCCCGAGGAUGCCUAUAAAUAUAUAACUUAAACAUGCCAACAUGUAUUUUUAAAAUAUUAGGGCUAUUUCUGGCACACUAUGGAGUCUGAGGAACAUUGAGCAAUGGAAACAAAAUAAAUGAUACUUGUAUCAUUCAUAAAGAAGUUGCUUUUCUCUUUCCACUGUCAAGGUGUAAUAACUGUCCUUCAGUUAUAGGAGUUAUUGCACUCUGCUCCCUUUGUUGUUCAAGAAACACUCUGCAUACCGCAGCAUAACAAAGGGCAGACCCUGUAGCACAGGCUUGUGUGAGUACUCUGGAGCCUUGAGCUUUGGAUCACAGCCUGUAACAAAUGUGGUAUUAUCACUAUCAGAAACAGUCUUGUAUAGAAGGCCCAAGGAUAUAUAUGUGUCAUGUUAAAGAAGCAGUGGUGUGCUUUAACAGCACUCAUGGUUUGUUUGGUGUUUCCUGGGACAUCAUCCAGGCUUUGAGUAAAACAGGACUGUAUUGUUUUAUUAAUGUUUUUCUCAAAAGAUUAAUCUUAUCCACUAAAUUGGCCCCUCAUUUUAAAAAAAGAUGUAAUCACUACCUUGUAUAGCAUACUUGAAAAAUUGUGGAGUAUGUUUUUACUCUGUAUUUUAAUUAUUCAUGUACUACAAAUUCAUCUUUAUAGUUUUCUCAGGCUUCUGUUCCAGGUAUGAAUGAAGCUUGAAGGAACAUUGGUUUUAAACAUGAGUACAAACUCUCAAUAGAAAAAUGUUUAAGCUGUUGUUUUUCAAAUUACUGUAUGUUACUUUUUUCUCUUUGGUGCUGCAUAUACCAAAACAAAAUUGGUUUUUUUAAAAGUAUUUUUAUGUAAGAAUUGAAUUUAGACUGUGGUAUGAAAUCAGCUUUCUAAAAUCCUAAACUAUGUUCAGGUUAGAGUGACGUCCACUCGGGUUACUGAAGAACUCACAGUAGCAUUUUUGCUCUGGCUCUCGUUGUCAUUCUCUGUGCUGUUCCUAUUUAAAGAUGUUCAUGUAAAUGAUGAUGUGUGUAAAUUAAAAAAAAGUAGUAAAUUCUGAAA